AUGGUUUGUCGUCUGGGUGGACGCGUUCAACUUGUUGGCCAAACGGAAUGGAUUCAGUCAUAUUAUGGACUACUUCCUCCGCUACCUGUCAAAUUUGUUCCUAACUUCCUACUUCAGACGAUUGACCUAUCGGGUACUAAAAUUCUGUAUGAAGGUCUAGAGUUUCUACCUUAUCUAACUCACCUACAGUAUUUGAGAAUGAGAAGAUGUACGGAUCUCGAUGACUUUUGUCUAUCAAGGAUCGGAAGAAUCAAGGGAUUACAGUUUUUGGAUAUCAGUGAAUGUCCUAGUCUUACUUCAAAGGGUUUGGCUACAUUGGCACAACUGAAGGAAUUGCGCCGCUUGGCAGUCGGUGGAAAUCCACAAAUUGAAGAUAAAGAAUUAGUUUGUCUUCUACUUGAAGAUGACCUACCAGAACUAUGCAUUGAUGGCGUUGACUACAUUGGUCAACUAUCUGAUGAACCGAAGAAGAAGAUCCUCCAGUCUACAAACGAGGAGCAUGUUCAGUCACAAAAAGAAAAAACAGACGAAGAUGAAAUUUGUAUCAACAAGGCUUAG